AUGCCUCAUCUCCGGGUAGACCGCGCCUCCCGCAUCGAACCUCCCUCUCCCUCCCCCUCGUCAACCCUGCAAAACGGCCACCCAAUCUACUCCCUCCGCCGCCUCCAUAUAAUUACAGCAGCAUUUGGAAAUCUCCUCUUCCUCUUCUGCUUCGACCACUACCCCUUUGUCCGAAUCACAAUCUACUUCCUCUUCGGCAGCAUCUUCUUCACCAUGUGCGAUCUCCUCGCCUAUGCCAAAGCCCCUUCCCCCCAGACCCACUGCCAAAAGAAGUGGAUUCUCCUCGGAGACAUUGUGUGGGCGGCGAUUUUACAGCUGGGAUUCUGGGGAAGCGUGGUGGAUCUCCAAUGGGGUGGGCCAUCGGGUGCUUAUUAUGGUAGCUGUUACUACAGGUGGUGUUUGUUCAUUGCUUCAUCUCGUGGCAUUCUAUAA